AUGAGGGAAAAAAGAACUAUAAUCAAUGUGUUGAAAAAUUCAGCAACAUCUCAUUUCAUCAAGAAACUGACGCCAGAUAUUUCUUUGCCGUCUAUACCGGAAGCCAUUAAUGUCGUGCAGCAGCACAACGCAACGGAUCCUGUGAGGCUAAAGCUUUUCCAUACACCGCGGAUGGUUUCACAGGGGGCACAUUUUGCCUUUUGUUUGCCAACGAAAAAAUCACAUUACAAGCCACUAUUACUUUCACAAAGUGCACUUGACGAGUUUGGUUUGGUGCAGGACCAGGACUUGGAGAGAAUACUAGCUGGAGAGAAAAUAUACUACACUGAUGAUAUCUUCCCGUACAGUACGGUGUACUCUGGAUUCCAAUUCGGUUCAUUCGCUGCGCAGUUGGGGGACGGGCGUGUGGUAAACUUGUUUGAUCUUAAGGACAGCCGUACGGGGCAGUGGCAAACGUUUCAGUUGAAGGGAGCAGGUAUGACGCCAUUUUCCCGGUUUGCAGAUGGAAAGGCUGUUUUAAGGUCGAGUAUACGUGAGUUUAUAAUGAGUGAGGCAUUACACAGCAUUGGUAUUCCUUCCACAAGAGCCAUCCAAUUAACCCUGCUACCAGGGACGAAGGCGCAAAGACGCACCCAGGAACCGUGUGCUGUUGUAUGUCGGUUUGCACCAAGUUGGAUCCGAUUGGGUAACUUCAACUUAUUCAGGUGGAGGCAGGAUUUACAAGGAUUGAUCAAGUUAUCAGAUUAUUGUAUUGAGGAACUGUUUGACGGAGGGGCACAAUUUGAAGGGAAGCCCGACUUUGAUGUAUUUAGAAAGGAUUUUUUCCCUGACAGUGAGAAAAAAAUCGAUGAGCAGGUAAAAAAGGAUGAAAAUGGGAAGGAAUUGAUGAGUGAAGAAGACGUUUCAAAGUUGAGUAAGUAUGAUAAGUUCUUUAGGCAUGUGGUUAGUUUGAAUGCCAACACAGUUGCACAUUGGCAAGCAUAUGGCUUUGCAAACGGUGUCUUGAAUACAGAUAAUACUUCAAUUAUGGGUCUGACCAUUGAUUACGGUCCAUUUGCAUUUCUGGACAAGUUUGAACCGAGUUUCACCCCAAAUCACGAUGACACGGCAAAUAGAUAUUCGUUUGCCAAUCAGCCAAGUAUCAUAUGGUGGAACUUGCAACAAUUUGCCAAGGACCUCGCGUGUUUGUUGGGACUCAAAUCCCAUGAUCUUGAAUUAUUACUCAAGGGCGAAUUGGAUUUCGUUGACGACACCCUUGAGAAGACCAUGAUUAAAAGGGUGCAAAAGUUGGUGGAGCUCAGUGCAAACGAAUACAAGUAUGUGUUUACCACCAGAUACGCACGGUUGAUGUCCCAAAGGCUUGGUGUAGAUUUGGAUUUGGAACCAUACAUGAACUCUACAAGCGGUAAAGAUGUUAGGCGCGCAGCAGCGAAAUCCAGAGAAUUCUGCGCCGUUAUUGUCGAACCAUUGCUAGAUAUCCUGCAAGCUACUAAGAUUGACUAUAACAAUUUCUUUAUUCAUUUGCAGAACUAUAUGGGGCCGUUCUUCAUCAAGGACAAAAAGGAAGCUACGACGCUCUUUGGAGCUUUUGACGAGGAGUACUUAAGAAUGUUCUUCAGCACCGAGCAAAUGGAAAAAAUGGCAGAAAAUGAAAAUACUCUUAUUGCGGGUGAGAAACUUCUUGAUUCCAAUGGUGAACAUCGUCUGCUCGACGAAAAACUGGAAAAAGUAUACAAUUGGACGCAAGACUACUUAACACUGAUUCCGCCUACAGGGGCUACAAAUAGGGCGUUGCUCGCUAGGAAAGCCAAUCCAUUGUUUGUUCCCAGAAGUUGGAUUUUAGAGGAAGUAGUUGACGACUUGAUGUACGAUCAAAGGGACAGCCUACAAGAUCCCGAUUCAAAUCUAGAUACAUCUGCCCUAAAGAAGCUAUUUCUCAUGAGUGUAAACCCAUACGAUCGCGCUAAGUGGGACGACUCUUUGAGGCCUGAUCUGGAGGAGAAAUGGGCCAAUCUUUCGCACCAAGAGGGUUCGAAAUUUAUGAAACAGGCCUCUUGCAGCAGCUAA